UUACAAUAAUUAUCUAUUUUCUAGUAACUGAGUUGAACUAAAUUCUCAUGGGAUUGCUCUGCAUGCAUUAAUUCUUGGCCAAAAUGCGAUUUGGCGCCUCUGCUAGAACUAAAUAAUUCGUCUGCUACUUCAUAGUUUACACGAAUCCAAUUCUUUGUGGGAGCUGUCAUGUUAGUUCGUUCUUUGCGGGUUUUUGGGUUGUAUCAUCCAGCAUAUUUUUUUCCCGGAUCAAAAACCAUGGCCACAAUCCCAGUCAAAAAUGGUAAUUCAAUCGAAUUGCUGAUUCGCGAUAAACUCGUGAAACAGUUUUCCCCGGUGCACUUGGACAUCAUAAACGAAUCUUAUAUGCAUAAUGUACCAAAAGGAAGUGAAACCCACUUCAAAGUAGUAGUUGUUUCAGACAAGUUUGAAAGCACUUCCUUGUUACAGAGGCACAGGUUAGUCAAUGAAGUACUGCAGGAUGAAUUGAAAAAUGGAGUCCAUGCCUUGUCAAUUGUUGCAAAAACACCCUCACAGUGGCAGGACUCUUCCAAAGUUACUGAAAAAAGCCCAGCUUGUAAAGGUGGCUUUGGCAGAUGAUUUUUUAUUAAGUGACAUUUGUACAGUGUUCUCACGAUAUUUUGAAUAAUAGUAAACAUCCAUUUGUCUUGCCUUUUUUUA